AUGGGUACUAGAUAUAUUAACGAGGAAAAUGCAGAAUUACACGAAGUACACAGUUUUGCUAUUCACGAGGAUUAUAACAAAUUUAUUCCAUUCUACGCGGAUAUUGCUCUCAUUUUUGUAAAGGAGCCGAUUAACUUCGGGGCAAGAAAAAAGAAGGCUUUGCUGGCUAGUAACGACGAUUGGAUGAAAAAAACUAAUAACGAUAUCGUUGCUAUUGGUUGGGGAAUGACAAAAUAUGGAGGACAAAUAUCAGAGCUAGGUCUGUUGCGAACGACCUUGCGAUACGUUGCCAGACGAGAAUGCGGAAAGCUACAUAAACUUAAACUUACUGACGAUAUGUUCUGUUUGUAUGGCGAUGGGAGGCGAGACACUUGUAAGGGAGACUCGGGAGGUGGCAUUGUUUGGAACAGAACUGUCAUCGGAAUUGUAUCCCAUGGGGAAGGAUGUGCCAAGAAAGACAAGCCUAGUGUUUAUAUAAGUGUGAGUUUCCACCGGAAAUGGAUCGAAAGAACUGUUACAGAGUUUAUGAAAACAUAUUGUAAUUAAUUCCAGCCAAUAAACUUGUAUCAUAAACAUUUGUGAUUUGCGUAAUAAUAAUUAAUUUGUAUAUGAAGUAUAAAAGUAAAAUUAAC